AUGAAAAUCUUCGCAAUUAUUUGCAUAGCUUCUACUAUUUUGAGCAACCAGGCUGACUGUGCUGCUAUAGGACAGUUGGAGACUGCGCUCCACAGGAUCCGAAGAAUGACUCCACUCUGGAGAUGGAUCACCUAUAAACGAAUUGGAUCCUCAUGUAGAAAUGAUGAUGAUUGCAACUCAAAAUACUGCAGGAACAACCGCUGUUCCAUGAUUGUUCACCAAGACUGA